AUGGCGGACCAUAAGCCCCUCUCCUCGAAGCUUCCCCACGCCCUCACACUCCCGCCCAAAUGGCUAUCACUUUAUGGCAACUUCAUCACGACGCAUCAGUCUUCAGUAACCCAGAUUGAGUCUGCGCUACGCUCAUUAACAUACAUUAUACCCGGUCGAUUUCGCGAUGCAGAACUCGCGUCAGAAUCUCUACAUUCCUCCAUUCAACUCCUCUCGAUGUACCACGAUACGCUUCUCACGCGCGCGAUCAGCAAACUACCUGGUAUGCCUAAACACCAGAGUCCCCAUAACCGAUAUACGAAGUUCUGGAUUCAAAAAAGCAAAUUCUAUAGACGAGUUGCGACACUUUUAUCUAUAGUUCAAUAUACUGAGCUAUUGUGGGAAAUGACCGCCAAACGGAAAGGAGAAAGAAUACGCUGGCGUGUUGUAGUGGUAUUAGAGGUUGUGAAAGCUAUAUGUCGACUUUUUUUGUUGAAGAUAACCAACUUGCGACCGCUCGUUACACCCGCGCUGCCUGAGCGAGAAGUCAUCGCGGAAGAGGAACCUGUACCCGAGAUUGAAGACGAGGAGGCUCAGCUCGAGGCUGAGUUAGAAGGCCGUUCGCCAUCACCGCAAAGAAAAGAAUAUAGAAUGAAACGCACAGGUCUGAGUCUACCUGAUAUUCCUAACCCUGGGGAUAUAUCAUCAUAUCUUCUCUCAAAGGUCCUCACUGCAGACGAUAUCAAAGCACCAUCUGCGUUACUGAAUAAAGUCAGUGGGUCGGCCCAGCUUGCUGAGGUAUUACACAUCAUUCAACCGGUCGUUUAUGCGAUAGCUAUGUCUCGCAGUCGGGACAAGAAAGAUUGGCAGCCUUGGUUGCUUGGCUUAAGCAUAGAAUAUGCCGCGCGCCAGCUACGGAAAGAUGGUUUACGAACGACGCCGCUCGAGAAGGAGCAGUGGAAUAAGAGAGGUUGGGCUAUGGGAUGGUGGGCGAUGAGAGGAGCGUUCUACGAAAAUGUAACGAAAGGAUUUUUGCAUAGUACGAGCCAGAGGCUGCCUGGGUUGAUCAGUGGUGUUCUUGAUGAUUACUUAUAUCUGUGGGAUGGAUAUUAUUUUAGCACUUCUUCGAACUAA